GCAGUACGAAAAGUCAACCCUAAUAGCAGCUGGGGAAAUGGAUAUUCUAUCAAUUGUUUCAUGGAUCUUUGUAAUAUUAUGGCUCUCAACGAGCUGCAGCGGCAAGCGCAAUUGGGAUGCUGAGACCCUGUUUGUGAAUAGCUCCACUUCGGAUGAAUCCCUUUUGGGAUUUACGACGGAAAUUGUGCGCCAGGGUCGUGAUAAGCCUACGUUCUCAGCAGUUUUAGACUUUCAUUACCAACUGGAUGAUACGACUACGGUCGAGGUGUUGAUCUAUCACAGUCAAACGGGCGGCGAAGAUGAUUACAAGCUGAUGCCGUGGAACGUGCCGCAGAAACCUUUUACGGAAUUCAUAGCCGAGUACUAUAAGGAUUUGCUCUAUGCCAAUUUGGGCAGCUGUUCGAAUUUAGCCGAGCCUGGCAAAGAAAUUCCAUGGCCUAAGAUUACCUACAACUUUGAGAAGUGCAUGAUAACGGGCGAUGGCAUGCCUGAAAUAGCGCCAGAAGGAUACUAUAAGAUAUUCUUCGCCGCAACGGGCCCAGUUGACUGGAACUUCGUUUAUGGCAUGAAGAUUGUGUCUAAGAGCAAUGCAAUGGGCUAUUAGUUAUUGUAAAUUGCGUAACAAGUGUCACAUACAAUUA